GGUUUCAGAUGUUAUGGUUGCUGUUAAAAACGUUGACACCACAAGAUUUUUGAUCAACAAUAAAAACAAUAUAAAUAGAUUCCAACCAUUUAAUAAUCUACAAGAAUUAAGACGAUGGCCAAUGCUGAAUUGACGGCCGAAAGUGCCGUUUUUAUGUAUUUACAAAACUAUGUUGAUUUGACUGAAAAUUUUCCCAACGAUAUGGCACGAUUAAUAUCUGAGAUACAUAUGAUUGAUGUUGAACGAACAAAGUGUACAAAAUUGAUGGAAUACUAUAAAGAUAAAUAUCUUCAAAAGCAGAAUGAAUGGAGCAAUGAAGAAAAAAUUAAAAUUUUGAACAAAAUUGAAAAUGUUCUACUUGUAUUGGAAAAAAAAUCCGAUACUAAAUUAGAUGUUGUAAGAUCAAUGCUCGAACAAAUUGAUUUGAAAAGUCGACAAUUAGAUGCUAGCUAUCGACUUGCAAAUACAUUGUCAAAUCAAUCGAAUCAGGCAAACGGAUCAACUGGUUCGAGUUAUUCUAAUUCGAAUAGCAAAAAUUCCAAUUAUCAAGCUUCUCGACAUCAUGAAAAUCAAUCGAAUGGUCGAAACUCACCUGCAUUUCAUUCAAAAGAAAAGGAUCACCAUAAUCAUCAAUCAUCAAAUGGUACUAAUAAACGAAUGCGUCGUGGGUCAAGUAAGCAUAAUAGCCAUAAUAAUGAUUAUGGUAGCGGUGAUGAUCGUUCAUCGACACCUGUAGCAAGUAAUCAGGAUCGUGGCACUAAUCAUCAAUCCGGUCAGAAACGCGGUGGUAACACUAAACGUGGCAUUAAAACUGGUGGUAAUAAUAAAGCAGAAAAACGCGGUAAAUCAUCAUCAGCGGCUGCAGCAGCAGCAGCAACUUCUUCAGGUGCAUCCUAUCAUAAUGAUGAUUCACAAUUGAAUGACGAUGCAUAUGAUCCUAAUGAACCAACAUAUUGUCUAUGUGAACAAGUUUCCUAUGGUGAAAUGAUUUGCUGUGACAAUGCACAAUGUCCAAUUGAAUGGUUUCAUUUUGUUUGUGUAAAUUUAACAACCAAACCUAAAGGAAAAUGGUAUUGUCCACAAUGUCGUGGUGAACGUAGUAAUAUACCGCGUAAAUAACCAAUUGUUAAUCGGCCAUAUUUAACGACAGCUAAACUAAUGUUCAUUUGCAUAUUAAAAUUCUCAUACAAUUAUUA